AUGUUUCUGACUGCUGAUGGCGUCCAUGUCAGGGGAGCGGGCUUUGUGUUCUCGAACCUUGCUCCUACUGCGAUACCAUCUUCGCUGCCUGCUGCUCCUGCUGUUCGUCCGUCGUUUGCAGACGCCGUCCUGUCUGGCCAACGUGUGUUCUGCUCGGGCUGUGCACGGCCCUGGCAGUCGGCUCAGUAUAGGCUCUGUGAGGACUGCCGACACAGGGCUCGAAUGAGGCGGCGCCGACGACUGCCUCUACAUGCUUCUGUUAACCCCGUACCGCAAGGGCGGCCCACGCUUCCUUAUAUCGCUGAUUCGCCUAUUAUCCAAGUGCAAACUAUAUGGUGGAAACACCUUGCCCAGGCUGUAGUCCGGCCCUUCUCUCAGGACUGGUCAAAAGACUGCUCCUUCUGCGGUAUUCGCCUUCUUUCCACUGAGGCUGACGGCUGGUGCUGUCGGCGCGGCCGCAGACACUUACCUCACUUACCACCAUUCGCGCCAGCCGUUCAGUCUCUUCUAGACCAGUAUCAGGGCCGUCUGUCUUCUAUCAGCCGUCGGCUAAACAACCUAUUUGCCUUCUCCGCCAUCGGCACCGCUGGUCAAUUCGUUCGUUUCCAAGGUCAGGCGAACGUCGUCCUAGAAGGCCGUGUCUACCACCGUUUGCUGGACGUCGCGGAUACAGGUCACAGCAUGCACUGGUUUCUUUAUGACGAGUCCGAACGAGGUCUACGUGCAAGGGAUUAUGACGUUCCCAGUGACAUUCUAAAUGGGAUUCGCGAUUUCCUGGGUCUGGUCAAUCCCUAUGUGCGGACCUUGCGGCACGCCGUCAGUCAGGUCCCUGACCAAACCGUCGCCCUUGCUGUUGAGCUUUCCACCCUGCCUGCGGGGGGUGAGCUCGCUGCAGUCAUCACUAUAGAAAAUCUCCGCCAGGUAGCCCCACGACAGGUCGUCUUUUACAGGAGAGGCGGCCAGCAGCCACGCUUCGUUCCCACCCUAUCUUGCCACUACGAGCCACUGCAAUAUCCACUCCUCUUUCCACAUGGCACGUUAGGUUGGGGCUUUCUCGACGACUCCCGAAAAAACAUACCUUGCACGCAGAUCCAAUGGUACCGCCACCUAUUCCUGGGCGAGCCCCGCAUGCGGACUUUUGGCCGUUUAGCAUGUGAGUAUGCUGUGGACAUGUUUUCCCGGACGGAGGAGGAGCGCCUGCAUUAUCUCAAACGUGGCCGACGCUUGCAAGCUGUAGGCAUGGAUGAGGCUCCGAAUCCUGACUUCCCCGACCUCUUCGAGAAUAAAAUCCCUGCCGGUUUCAUGGGGUCCCGGGCCUGGGCUUCGGACCAGGUCGCCGACUCCCUCGCGAUCGCCCGACAGCUGGCCAAGCCGUCACUGUUCCUCACCAUGACGACCAAUCCCAACUGGCCCGAGAUUCAGUCCCAGUUGCUCGCAGGCCAGCAUUUCACAGACAUCCCUGCCGUGGUGUGCCGUGCAUUCCACGGACGGCUCUGUGGCUUGAAGGCCUUUAUCAGGGAGAAAUUCGGAGGUCUCCUGUACGAGAUAUGCGUGACAGAGUUCCAGAAACGGGGUUUACCACACGCGCAUCUGGUCGUCAAGCUCCAACACGAAUUACCUUUGGCCCAGCUGGACGGUUUUAUCUGCGCCGAGCUGCCAGAUCCCGAGGAGGACCCGACCCUACAUACAGCCGUCUGCAGAUUCCACAUGCACUCGCAGAACCACUUGGACCGGCCCACGUCACGCUGCAAUCGAGAGGGCCGCUGCAUUUACGAGUACCCCCAGCCUAUCAACAACCGGACUUAUAUGGAUGAUCUCGGUCGUGUCCAUUACCGCCGACGCAAGCAGGAAGAUCGAUGGGUGACUCCUCAUAUACCAGCCCUAGUGCACCUACUCGACUGCCAUAUCUACGCGGAUGUAUGCUCUACAGCGACGAUCUUCCUCUACCUCUUCAAGUACCUCUUCAAAGGACCUGAUCGGGCGCGCUUUGGUAUUCGGACCCUCCACGAUGAUCGGGCAGACGGCGAGGAAGACCAAGUAGAUGAGUUUAGAGACUAUAUGAACGCCCGUUACCUCUCUUCGUCCGAGGCGGUCUACCGGAUCCUCAACUUCCAUACUGUCUCCAAACGUCCUGGUGUCCGCUGCCUCUCUGUGCAUCUGGAAGGAAAGAAUUUGGGGAGGAUGUACGAUCGAAGCCAACCGGGUUACUCCGAGAUGAGCGACCUACUGUGGUACUUCAAACGUCCAUCAACGGAGCCUUUCUCGGGCUUGAAGUAUACCGAGCUCUUCAGCCUUUACUACCUGGAGACGGUACCGCUGAAUGUUGCACUGGACAGCGGUCAAACUCUCAUUACUACUGUCACCACCGAAAAGGGGCUAUCCCAAAAGGUGUUGCGCCGCCGGGUCCGUCGGCCUAUUGUCGCCCGACUUCAGACCGUUCCACUUCGUCUGAAGGAAACGUUUUACCUGCGCGCCCUACUCCAGGUGCGACCUGCGAGCAACUUCGAAGAUGCCCGCACUAUCCGGGGACACUGCUAUCCCACAUACCAGGGGGCUGCCACUGUGCUGGGACUCUUCCAGGAUGACCAUGAGGCCGUGUACGCGAUGAAUGAAGCGAUCGCAGCCUACAGCCGCCCCUCCCAACUCCGCUUUCUCUUUACCCAGCUUCUGGCUGACCUCCCGUUUCCAGCUGUGGAGCUAUGGGCCCGAUUCCAGAGCGACCUCUGCGCUGACUACAGACUACGCCACCCCACAGCCCACGCUACGGACCUUGCCUUGCAAGACCUAGCUCGCUAUCUGGCAGCACAGGGAUCCUCCUUAACACAGUGUGGCCUACCAGAACCCGCUCGACAUUGCGCGGAGGUGGAUUUGGAACUUAGCUUCUUCGCGAACCAACUAUCAUCCAUCCGCAUGACAAGUGACGAGGCGUACUGUAGGAUGAACUGGGGUCAGAAAGGCAUCUUCGAUCAUCUCCUGGGCCAGUUGGACGUUGGGGGCUGCUACUUCGUCGACGGCCGUGCGGGUCGCGGGAAGACAUUUUUGAUAAGUGCCAUGUGUGAUCGCAUCAGGGCAGACGAGCGCAUCGUCUGCGUGACUGGAACGACUGCCCUCAGCGUCAUCCAUUACGAGCGCGGUCGCACGGCCCACUCUGCCUUUGGUAUUCCCGUUCAAGAAUCCGACGUGGGCUUGGUAUCAAAGAUCAGCACUCACUCAGGUCGCGCGGAGCUCCUACGCCAGGCCUCACUCCUGAUCUGGGAGGAGCUUCCUAUGGUGAAGAAGGCGGUCGUGGAGUGUGCAGACCACCUCCUUCAAGAUAUUAUGAGCAAUGACCUUCCAUUCGGAGGAAAACUCCUCAUUGGGCUAGGGGACUUUCGCCAGGUGGCACCGGUCGUCCGCGGCAGUUCUGGGCCUACAGCAACCCUCAACAGCUCUAUUCGCACCUCCACGCUCUGGAACCACUUCAAGGUCCUGCGGCUGACCAGUCCAGUCCGACAGGCCGGGGAUCCGGUAUACGCAAGAUGGGUAGAUCAGGUAGGAGAUGGUUUACAUCCCUUUGAAACAAGUGUGCCACUCCGUCACUUGCAGCAUCUUGACGACCUUAACGCUGCGGCAGACUUCCUCUUCCCACAAGAUUCCGUCUCCACCUCCGCUGCUGCCGUCCAACGCGCUUUCCUUAGCCCGUUCAAUGCCCGCGUUGAUCUGUUUAAUAGGCUUAUCUUGGAACGGUUACCGGGGCGUGCAGAAACCUAUUACAGUCAUGAUACGAUUAAAGAACUAGACGAUUACGCCUUCAAUCUUCCCACAGGGGCAGAGGCGGAUCUUCUCUCGGUAUUGAACGAGCCCGGAGUACCUUCGUAUGAGCUCUCGCUCAAGAUUGGCGCCGUCGCUAGCGUGAUGCGGAAUCUCUCCCUUGAGAAGAAUUUAGUCAAAAACGUGCGGUUACUGCAACGGGCAUGCACGCCAGAUACCCAGUCGCCGACGUUCUACCUCCCACGGAUCACAUUUGAGUUCCGGCCUCACCGUGCAAAUUGGACGGUGCAACGGCGACAAUUUCCCCUGCGUCUAGCUUAUGCCACCACCUUCAAUAGCUGUCAGGGACUCACCUUGGAACGCGUUGUUUUAGAUCUCACACUGCCAGUGUUCGCCCAUGGGCAACUUUACACUAGCUUAUCCCGCGUCCGCUCUGCCGUUGACAUGCGUAUUCUCCGAGACCCCAAUGAGAUAGAUCAAGACACUCCUAACGUCGUUUAUCACGAAUUGUUACUGCCUCUCUAA